CAUUUUGACAAUUUUUUGACAGUACAAAUAAGUUGAUAUUCAUAUAUUUGUUAAAAUCAUUGAACCUGAACAUCCUAGCGUGCAAACCGCCCUGCGCGUGUAAGUGUGGUUAUCCAGAUUUCGCAGAUUACCAACGCAGCCCAAUCAAACGAAAUUAGUAAAAAUCCGGUGAAAAUUUGUUUGUUACGCACACCCCAGCAUUGUAAUGACGCCGCCACGCUCGGCGAGUCCAGGGCGUCGAUCUGCAAACAAGCGCAAGAGUUCAACUCUCGAGUCCAUUGAGGAGAACGAGACGGUACGCUCUUCCUUGGAUCUGUACAACUGCAAUAAGCUGAGCAUAGCCAAUGCCUGGGAUAUAUCGUUGAUUGAUACACUGGCCAAUCUAAUGGAUAGCCCUCACAAAAAGCUAAGCAGCUUCAGGAUGGCUGGCUCUUUGCUGCAGGUCUUGUGCAAGGUCUACGGCCUGCGUGUAGACUCCAUCUACAUCGAUGCAUGUCGUAUAUCGGCGGGUUUGAAUGCUCGCACCUUGACGGGCUUACCUGAGGGACCUCCAGGUGAUGGCGAAGAAAGGAAUUUAUCAACGUUGGCAAAGAACAAGGAAAAGUUGAAUGCGCGUUUGGAUAUGGUACCCAUGCAGGACUCUAUAUUUGCAAAGCUCAAUUCGACGGUGGGCUCCCUCGAUGCCCCCGAUCGAAUGAUGCACAACAUUCUGCCCAGCGUGGACUUUGAGAUGCGGCUACGCCCGACUUACAAAUUCUUUGAUGACACCGAGGGGACGGAUGAGCUCAUGGAUAGCGAAACGCUGAGUGCUGGCGCCAAGGAGUGGCCCGAUGAAGAGUUGUGCAAUGCGGAAUGGCUGCACAAACUGUACAACCGUACGGAUGAUCUAAAUCUGCGGCCACUCCACACGGGUUAUGUGAUAACCAAUCCCAAUACCCCCAAUCCCAAGCCACAGUCGGGAUCUAUUUCAGAGGCGGUCCCUUCAUAUGAUGACGAUGCUGAGGGGCUGGAUAAUGCGCACGAUAUUGGUGGGAAUCGCACAGAGCUAUCCGUGGCCUUUGACAUGAAUGCCGAGUGUGAGCCCAUGCCGGAUAUAGAAGCCGGUCCUCCCAUUAUCUUAGAUAUACAAUCGAAUGAUUUGCAGGAGCUCACCGCCGAAGAGCAGACGGUCAUCACCAAUUGCCGCCGUUUAAAGAAAACCGCCGAAUUCAUUGACGAUCUGAGGCCAGUGCAUGGUGUCACUAGGCUGGACUAUUCAUACAGACCCAUGGAUCAGAUCUCACAGCUUUGUGCGGCUCCUGCGCAUUGGAAAUUCAGGAUCACUCGCCCGCGCACCACUCUGGACCAGACGACUGGCCCAAAGGAUGCUCUGACUGUUGUCAACCCAAAGAAAACCAAAACCGCUGCCGCUGCCGCUGCCGCUGCCGCUGCCGCUGCCGCUGCCGCCAAGCCACGCAUGAAGGAGUUGCACUAUGGAAAAUGCAAAGAGGAGCUCUUCCAGCCUCUUGAUGCCAACAUAAAGCAGCAAAAGGUCAACUAUCAAAAGAAAUGCGAUGCCCGAAAGCUGAUGCCCACGAAAUCCAACAAUGAAGCGGAUUACCAAGUUAGCCAGCGAUUUGGUGAAGCCGAUCUGGUUGAGAGUCUGGGCAAUGAUGUGGAUAUGGAUAGGGGCUUACACCACGGUGAUGCCGAUAGAGAGCUCUUUGACAAUGAAAAUUUCACCACAGAUGAUUCUGUCAUGAACCGAAUGUCGGCAGCGGACAUUGAAGAUCCCAUGGACAUGAUGAAUAAGGAUUCAUGUGGGGAUAUGCCCAAUCAAAGCCAAAGCAUGCAUGAGGGUGAGGAUACAAUCAUGGAGAUAUCCACCGAAUUUAAGGGUGCACCAAGGCAGGUCAGCAAAGUGAUUGGGCCAUUUGCGAAGCGUGCCAAGGUGAUCGACAUGAAGAAUCUCAAGAACAGCUGCCAUUAUUUGAUCCAGAAACAAUUCCUCAGUUCUGUCAAUGAGGCAUCGAUACCCUCCCUCCCACUGUCAAAGGAAGAAAGCUACGCCAAGGGUACCGCCAGCUUCCAGGAGGUUUACCGAUCGUUGCCUGAUGUGUUGAGUGACGAAACGAAAGAUUCUCUGUGCCCAUCGGUGGCCCUCAAUGCGGUUCUCCAUUUGGCCAACGAUAUGAAACUGCGACUCAUUCCACAAGAGAAUCUAGAGGAUUUUCAAAUCCGGCAAGUUCUGGAUGACGAAGUUUAAUGACGAGCUUUUAAAAAAACUGAAUUCUGAUACAAUGCUAGAAGUAAUCAAUCUUCACACAAUUUUAAAUACAUUUUCAUGCAACAACACAUACAAAAAACUAAACGAAACGAAUCAGGGCUCUUCUCCAAUGUGUUCUCGGAUGAAUUUUUAAUUCUAUCUCUCAAGUCCUAAGAUUUGCAACAUAUAAACAAUAAAUUAAUAUUUUUGAGAGCA